AGGUGAGCGAUGAAGUCGUCAUCGGCGCUCUUAACUCAUGACAUAAUUCUUCAGCGACCCCUGGCACUGGCCGUUACCUUCCAUUCUUCCUCCUUCAAUACAGGCCUCAAUGCAAGAAGAUGAUAAAGCUUCUUCCAUUGCCUUCAUCCUCUACCAUCUCUUCCAUAAUUCCCACUUCACUUCAUACUACUACUCUAUCCAGAGCUUUCUCAUCACACAAGGCUUCCCUUGGCAUCAUGUCCAUCAACUCGCACCCUCCUGCCUACAGUGACAAUACACCAUUAUCCAGAUCCUCCAAACGUAGCGACCUCUUUUCACCCACCGCAGCUCUUGAAUCCCUGAAAUUUCAACUUUCAGUGUCCACUCAAUCUUCAUCCACCCCACGUUUCAAGGUCUUGCCUUUCAGAAAUGGGAGACCCUUAGCCUCUUCUUCGGCAGCUCACUCCGUGGAUUCCCAGCAGAUUUGGCAUGUGGGUUGGGUCAAUUUGGGGGAUCUCAAGGUGCUCUUGGAAACUUCUGGUGGACAAUUGAGUGGAGACUCGUUGGUAUACGCGGGCUCGUGUUUAGAAGACGAUGUCGUUUACUGGGCAAUUGAUGUUUCUUCUGAGCAGGGCUUGUUGGCUGAAUUAGGAAGCAAGAACUUCUGUUUCGUGGAGUUGAGAUCACUCAUGGUUGCUUCCGAUUGGUCGGACUUGCAAGCGAUGGGAAACUUGGCUAUUGCUGGUCAUGCCAGGGCACUGCUGGAAUGGCAUAAUAUAUCUCAAUUUUGUGGACACUGUGGAGAGAAAACAGUUACUAUAGAAGCUGGGAGGCGAAAGCAAUGUUCUAACGAAUCAUGCAGAAAGAGAAUAUAUCCACGAGUUGACCCGGUGGUCAUUAUGUUAGUCAUUGACCGAGAGAAUGACUGCAUCCUUUUGGGUCGAAAAUCAAGUUUUGUUCCAAGAAUGUGGAGCUGCUUAGCCGGUUUCAUAGAGCCUGGAGAAAGUUUGGAGGAGGCCGUGAGAAGAGAAACAUGGGAAGAAACAGGCAUUGAAGUGGGAGAGGUUGUAUAUCACAGCUCUCAGCCAUGGCCUGUUGGACCAAGUAGCAUGCCAUGCCAGCUGAUGGUUGGAUUCUUUGCAUAUGCAAAAUCCCUUGACAUCAAUGUGGACAAGAAAGAGUUAGAAGAUGCUCAGUGGUACAGUAGAGAAGCUGUGAGAAAAGCAUUGACAGCGGCAGAGUACAAGAAAGCCCAAGGAACUGCGGCGUCAAAGGUUGAACAAAUGUGCAAGGGGGUGGAAAAAAGUCAGAGCUUAACUGCAGGGUUUAACGUAGAAAGUGGUGAACUUGCUUCCAUGUUUGUUCCAGGACCUCAUGCAAUAGCCCAUCGUCUGAUUUCCUCUUGGGCCUUCCAAAAUGUACCUUUUGGUAUUCCUUGCGGUUGACAACAACCUACUGGUUCCUCUAAAAUUUGUGGAACUGGCUGAAAUUCGUUAGUUAUAUCUUCUCUUCAAUUUGUUGUAAAGAUUUUGUUACACUCUGCAUUCUGCUUUACCAUCUUCUCAGCUAGAGAUCGUAAUUUUUUUUUUUUUUAAUUACAAGAGAUCACAUAUGGGAUUGAACCUGAGAUUUAGUACUGAUAAGUGAUAAGGGCGAGUGGUAUGCCCUGAGACAACAAAGUCAACAACUAGAGAUCGUCAUUUUAUAAUGGAGAUACUAUACUGCUAUGGUUUCUUUCCUUAAUUUAUUAUUCUUCUUUUUCUUGGCCA